GGUGCUGCCGGCGAGCGACCGCAGGGUGUUUAUGCGGCGCCGCAUUCUCUGGAUAACGCUCGCCACCGCUGGCCCCCACGUCAGCCUCCUGUCGAGGACGAGGCCCAGGUCGACUCCGCUGAAAAACAGCUACAGCCCCGCUGAUCUACUUAUGGGUCGACGUUUACGAACCAAGCUCCCUAUUGUUCCCGAGAUGCUCAUGCCUCACAUGCCAGACAUGAGAAAACUUCGCGACUUUGAAGAACUAUACCGAGAAAACCAGAAGAAAGACUUCAAUCGACGGCAUGGCGUACGCACACUGCCUGAAGUCCUAAAUGGAGAUGAAGUUUGGAUCACUGACAUCAAGCAGAAAGGUACAGUGCAGAGACCAGCAGAGGAACCCAGGUCUUACUUCUUAGACACUGACAACGGGGUUGUGCGACGUAACCGAAUUCAUCUUGUCCCUUUUCCUGCAAAUGUCCGGGAGGCGGAAGUCGUUGACAGCGAAGAUGCUCAAGAGGCACGUACAGAAUGUGAAGGCAAUCUUCAUUCACACACGAGAAGUGGCCGAUGCGUCAAGGCUCCCCAAAGACUUUGACUCUUCUGUAUGGGGGAGAUGUUGGAUAGCGCUGCGCUGAGCAGCCGAGCAGAUAGAGCUCGUGCGCAUGAACCCGUGCCUUGCGCCCGUGGCUAGAACGUACCCGGCUCUGAGCCGAUCGCCAUAUUAAACCCCUUGUUCUGCCUUUCUAUCGUGUCACCGUUCCCUGGCGCAACUUGCAACACGACAUGCAACAAACUCCAUACCCCUCCUGCUGUGCCCGUGGGAUAUCAACUUACCUUGCUGAGGCAGCCUCAUUUUGUCACCGCGAGUAAAGCCUAGCUCCCCUUG